AUGGCUCCGGUGUACUUGACAUGGUUUUUGCUGCUAUAUGAAAGAAUUGUCUGUUAUGAAAACUUAUGCAGAAAACCAGGUAUAUAUGCAAGCCAAAGUUCAGACAGAGGAGGUUUUCCUGCAACAAAUGCUGUUGAUGGUUUCUACAAUCAGAAGUAUGUUUUCUGUGCACACACAGCGCCUCACCAGUCAAAAGCUUGGUUUCAAGUGGAUCUAGGGAAUCCCUAUAGACUCAACUCUGUAAACAUAUUUUACAGGAAUGACAUUACUUGGAGACCUUACCGGUUUCGUCAAUUCUACUUGGAUGUAUCAAACACAUCUGCAGCUCUCUCCACCACAUUAACUCCACAGAGGGUGCGAUGCUACAAGGACAACACAACAGAUGAAGCCAUACCCCCCGCCCUGAUUGAUAUUCCUUGUACACAAACAGCACAAUACGUCAUCAUAGAAACAACAUAUAAUGCGCCCGAAAAUCCUAAUAGCGGAGAUGGACCUAUGCUAGAGAUAUGUGAAAUAGACAUUUAUGGUACAUGUAACAACAUACAUGGCUUGAAGAAAAUAUUGCAUUUCUCUCUGGACCUUUUUUUCUGAAA